AUUUUCCUUAUUUUACAGUUGUCCAUAUUUAUCUGAGGAGAUUACACCUGCAAUUCCCGUAGUGGGAGCAAUUCUGUUCUUUUUUGUUAUGGGGACCUUGCUACGUACUAGUUUCAGUGAUCCUGGAGUCCUGCCUCGUGCAACACCAGAUGAAGCAGCAGAUCUAGAAAGGCAAAUAGGUAACACAGAAGACAUUGCAAAUGGCUCUAAUGCAGGAGGAUACCGUCCCCCUCCCAGAACAAAAGAAAUAAUCAUUAAUGGUCAAGCAGUGAAAUUAAAAUACUGUUUCACCUGCAAGAUUUUCCGUCCACCCCGUGCCUCACAUUGCAGCCUUUGUGAUAACUGUGUAGAACGGUUUGAUCAUCAUUGUCCCUGGGUAGGCAACUGUGUGGGGAAAAGAAACUACAGAUUUUUUUAUAUGUUUAUUUUAUCUCUGUCAUUUCUGACAGUUUUUAUAUUUGCAUUCGUUAUUACCCACAUCAUCCAUCGAACUCAGAAAACAGCAUUUUUAACUGCACUUAAAGACAGUCCUUACUCCAUCAUUUCUUUAACUAGUUCUUUUGNGAUAUGUUUCUUCUCGGUUUGGUCCAUUGUCGGGCUCUCAGGUUUUCAUACUUAUUUGAUCAGCUCCAAUCAAACAACCAAUGAGGAUAUCAAGGGAUCUUGGUCAAAUAAAAGAAGCAAAGAAAACUUCAAUCCUUAUAGCUAUGGCAACAUUUGUGUUAAUUGUUGCUCAGCACUUUGCGGGCCCCUUUCUCCUAGUUUAAUUGACCGAAGAGGAUUUAUCCAACCAGAUACCCCUCAGCCAGCAGCUCCCUCAAAUGGCAUUACAAUGUAUGGGGCCACACAGUCUCAGAGUAAUAUGUGUGAUCAAGAUCAGUGCAUUCAGAGCACUAAAUUCGUUUUGCAGGCUGCUGCCACCCCACUCCUCCAGAGUGAGCCCAGCCUAAGUAGUGAAGAGCUGCCUUUACCAGGAAAAAAUACUCUUGGUGCUCCCUGUGCUAUGAUGACACUAGGACAACCAACGCCACCUUCUUCCAUCCCAAAUCUCACAUCAGAAACAAGCUUGUCAGAAAUGAUACCAUUAAAAGAGGACCCUGAAAGUCAUCCAUUUCUUACUCCUGAAGAAGCUCCACCCGGGAUGUUGCCUCUUGGAUACGCCCUGACACACAGCCGUACCAUGCACAGCCUCAGCCUGGUUAGCCAGGAUUCACUGCAUGAAGACUCAGUGCGUGGCCUUGUUAAACUCAGCUCAGUCUAAACGAUAUAGAACAUGACUGCAAUUAAAGAGUUCUUAUUUAACUCCAAGAGCAAUUAGCCUUUGGACUCUGACAUAUACAUGUCACUGAAAAUUAUUAUGUA